CAAAUUAUUAAGUUAAUCUCUUUCAUCUUAUAAUUUUGUUUAAGCGUGGCAAUCUAAAAGGAAAGAUAACUUAUAUCUUUUUGAUUGUAGAUCGCCUUACCAUCGGGGUUCUAGAACUCUAUUCAAAACCAUGAGAACUGAAGUAUUUUUUGAUAAAAUUUAGCAUUCAAUAUAAGGUUUCCUUUCAGCGAUUCAUGACGGAAAUAUCAGAAACAAGGGACCAAUAAUCAGAAAUGGUGUGAUGACUAUAAUCUCAUGAAUAUGAGUUUAUCUGAAAGUCUGUUUCAAAGAGCCAAAGUGGCGCACAUGGCUUCCAGAUACGCGGAUGUGGUGCGUAGUGUAAAACAAAUGAUAGAGAAUGACAUUAUGCUCCCAGUUGAAGUGAUAGACAUGAUGCAGAUUGCUUACAAAGCCCUCGUAGUAAAAUGUCAAAAUCAAAUACGCAACAUUGAGAAGUGCAGUGAGGACAGUCGAGAGAUGGCAAGACUCAAGAACAGCAAAAUCUUCGAUUUGAAACAAAAAAUACGUAAUUUAUGCGUAUCCGUAUUUACGAUAAUAAGCGACAAGGUACUACCAUUCCAACAAUCUACAGAUAUUCGAAUGGUCUGCUAUAAAAUAAAUGGAGAUUUCAACAAUUUAUUGUCACGUAACGUUGGUUAUAUGGGAUGGAGUCUUCGCAUCAAUGAAACAAUUGAAGCCUAUAAUACAGCUUUAAAAUUGUCAAAGCGCAUUUCAGAUUUCAAUAAAGAUAAAGAAAUGCUCAUUUUAAAUUAUUCUUCAUAUAAGUGGCAUAUUCUCAAAGACAAGACUGGUGCUAUUAAUAUAGCUCAAGAAGGACUUUCAGACGCACUUGACUUAAAGAAACGCAUAAAUUCUAAACAGCUGUCACUGCUUAAUAUAUUCAUAAAAGAACUGCAACGUAAAUUAACCAUAUGGGGAAAUUUUCAAAUGUCUAAAGAUAUGCGUUAUUUAACUUCUGGUGAAAGUGGACUAAAACGAGCAAAUGUUGACCAGCAGAAUACAACUCCAUGAAAUCCGAUCAGCACUCUUAAGUUUAAAAUUAAUUAAAUUCAAAAGAUUGUAUGAAAAUAUCUACAUAUUUGUAUUUAUUUAUAU